ACGGUGCUCCGUCUCCCUCUGUUCCCAUUUCUCUUUCCGUCAUUUUGUUUUCUCUCUCCAUUUCUCUCUAUCUUUUUCUCUCUUCAUCCUAGAUCUAGGGUUUUCUCUGUCUCCUCAUGGUCCUUGAGAGAUGCACCAAGAGGAAGAUGGUUCGGUUGAGUUGCACAAAUCAGCGGGGUUGCGAGACCGAGGAGUGAAGAAGGAUCAAAAUCAUCGGGAUCAAGACAGGGACCGGGACCGAGACCGAUUGAGUCGGAGCAAGUGGAACCCAGCCGAUGAAAUGAUAGGCUUUUCUGUUCCAAGGAAAGCUCGAACACUCGAACAGCUCCUCCUCAGGUCUGGUCCUCCCGUCGCUACUAUCCCUCAGGUCCUCUCUCUCUCUCUCUCUCUCUCUCUCUAUUGCUCCAUCAGAUCUUCGAUCUGGCCUCUCUUCAGUCGAAUUUUACUCUUUUUAAUCUUUUCACUUGUUAUUUUUGGUCUGCUCUCUUUUCAAUAGAAUCUCAUUCACUUUGAUCUUUUUGUUUUUCAAUCUCACUAUUUUCAAAAUUUUCAAUCUAC